AGAACCUCCCCCAAGAUGAACUGGCCAUACCAGUUCCUCGACCUCUCCCAAGCCGAGAAGCAGGCCCGCCGCCAGUCUCUCGACAGUUAUGCUCUUUACGCUCAGCUAUCGGCUUUGAUUCCCAUUGGCCUCGUGUGGCUGUACCAGACCCUCAACAAGUCCUCAUCAUCUCGAAAGAGGGACUACACCGCGGUCCCCAGCUCCGACUCCUUCAACACCCGGAAGCAAAGCAAUUGGUGGUCCAACUUGCGCUGGUGGCUUGGCGAGGAUGUCGUCGCCUUCGGAGAAGUCCUGGGUCAACGAGAACAAUGGAUAGGCGGCAUUGUCUGGGCAGUGUGGCUGCUAGUCCUCUGCGUAGCCGGUACCGGUCGUGAUUACAUGCACUUGACCAAGCGCUUCGGCAUCAUCGCCGUCUCUCAAUACCCGAUGCAGUACAUGCUAACCCUCAAAUCCUUCAACCCCGUCUCCUGGACGCUCAAGCUCUCCCACGAGGAAACCAACCGCUGGCACCGCGUCCUCGCCCGCUGCACCGCCUUCCUGCUGAGUCUACAUACCAUCUUCUACUACAACUACUUCAUCCAGAACCACAUUCUCCUCCAAAAGCUACAGUCCCCCGUAGUCAUCUACGGCAUGCUCUCCUUCUUUGGUCUGAAUCUGAUGAUCACCACGGCCAUUCGCCCGCUCCGCAACCGCUCGUACCGCGUCUUCUUCGUCACCCACCUGCUCAUCGCCUUGGUUUUGCCGGUCGUCCUCUGGUUCCACGCCGCUUCCAGCAGGAAAUACAUGCUCGAGGCCUUGGGAGUCUUUUUGGUGGACAUUGGCUUCCGCAAGCGCGACACCAUCACGGUCGAGACCACCAUCUCAGCCAUCCCUGGCACCUCUUUGAUCAAAAUCCAGGUGCCCGUCCCGCGCCAGCGUCAGAACCACUUCCUCCGAGUGGCGCCGGGCGCCCACGUCUAUGUUAACGUACCGCCUGCCACCCGCAGUGCUUUCCGCAGGAAGGACGUCAAGGCUGCUAAUGAUGCGUCUGAGAUCCUGUUCGAGUUCAUGUUCAACCCCUUCACCAUUGCGCACGUAGACCAAGACUCGGGGGCCCUCACCCUUGUAGCUCGCCAGCGUGCGGGGCCGAUGACUGCCGCUCUUGCCCGCUUUGCUUCCUCUUCUUCCUCUUCUUCUCCCUCUUCGCCAGCAGAAGAAAAGAAAGCCCUCCUCAACAUUGAAGGGCCCUACGGCGCCGCCAAACAUUUCCCCGCUCUAUCCCUCGGCUCCGAGUUUGACCGUGUCCUCUUCAUCGCCGGCGGCGUCGGCGCCACUUUUACUAUCCCACUGUACCGCGCCAUCGUGGCCGAGAACCCGGAAACCAAGGUGGAAAUGGUCUGGGCAGUGCGCACGGCGGGGGAAGCCACGUGGGCGGUUAUCGAAAACGAUGCUAGUGACAUUUUGAAUGAUCCGAAUGUGCAUAUUUACUUGACUGGGAACAACGGGUCUGGAUCUUCUGCACAGAAAGGAGGAGAAGGAGCAGGACUUAGUAGUGGAAUCGACUCGGGUGAGAACUCGCCGUUGGUUAAUCUCGGGGGAGAGGCUGGCGCUGUCGCUGUUGAGAUGGAUGCGUUGAGGAGGACGGUGGAUGGAAGGGUUGUUUCUGGAAAGGAGCAUCAUCGGAGCAGACCGGAUUUGAAAAAGGUGGUUGAUGAGGCUUUUGGACAUGGGCCGGAGGAGCGCGUGGCGAUUCUGGUGUGUGGACCGGCGAAGAUGGGGAGACAGGUGAGGAGGCAGGUUGGGAGGUAUGUGAGGCAGGGGAGGGAGGUGUGGUUCCAUAACGAGGGCUUUGGGUUUUAGAGAGUGUAUGAAUGUUGAUAUCUUCUGGAUAAUGUUUUACGGUCGAUAAGCCUGU